AUGGCCUUCAUUUCUAAGGUUCAUAACUUUUCCGGCGACUUUCAAACUCCGGGAACCGCCCUACCAAUGUGGUAUGAUGUCGAAACUACUUCACCUGGUUUCUUCGAUAACUACGGGAUAACGAUAAUCCCACCGGAAAAUGACAUCACUACACCAUUAUCUCGAUCGUCGUCAUGGAAGACAACGACUUCAUUCCCGGAGAGAUUUGGGGUUUCCGAGAUGGUGGUUCCGACGUCACCGACGGGGUUUGGCGGCAAUAUUCCGGCCGGGACCGAUCAUCAGAAGGUUGAACAAGAUGAGUAUUUUUGUAGCAGUGGUAGCUAUGGCAGCAAUUCAUGGUCAUCAUCUUCUAGUUAUCCCACUGCAACCACCAAUUGGGAAAUCGAAAGCCAGAAAACGAGUAAAGAGAUCGAAGAACCGACAUUGAAGGUCGGGAGGUAUUCAAUGGAAGAAAGGAAGGAUAAGAUCAUGAGGUAUCUCAAGAAAAGAAACCAAAGGAACUUCAACAAGACAAUUAAGUAUGAAUGCCGGAAGACGUUAGCCGACAAGCGAAUACGAGUGAGAGGGAGGUUUGCCAAGAACAACAACGAUCAUCAUCAACCUUGUGAUCAGGAUCAAGUGCUUCCCAUCAUCACUACUGCUAAUAAUAAUCCUUCUUCUGAUGAAGAUAUUCAACAACUAUACACCAACAAUUUUCUGAUGAAGCAAGAUUAUGAUGAAGAGGAUGAGUGGCUACAACAAGCAAUGGCGAGUUUAUUGUAUUCACCAUGUAUCAAUAUUAUCCCAGACUCAUGAGAUUAAUUGAUUAAUUAAUUUCAAUCAAUUAAUUAAUUAUUAUUAAUCCGAUAUUAUAUCCUCCGACCUUCAUGUAUAUUAAUACACUACUUUCUACC